GAAAAAGUGCGAGUGGAGCUGCAGAAGAAUUAAUCCACAGCUUUGAUAGACCAAAGUCCCACAUUAUUCUUAUAAUUGAGGGAUUUGAGACUGUUAUGUUUUGGUCUAAGUUUGAUAUAUGGCCUCAGGCAACUAAUGUAGCUGUUUCUGAGGAUGGUAGAGACUAGAGGCAAAGUUGCUGGUCAGUAAUUGAGAUAUCUUGUAUUAGCACUCUUUUAAAACGACAAGGGGUUAAUGUCAAGGGUCUUUUAAAAGCUGCUUCUGCAAAAGAAGAAGAGCCACAAUCAUAUAUUGAUUGCACCGAAAUUUUGCAGGCUUUCUCCUCCUUUUCUGACAUAAAUUACCACUAUUAAUUCAGGGACUUCUCCCACAUUGUUCUUGUCCACUACCUGGAAUUAACGGAUAGAGUUUAUGAUUUAUCCUAUCACUUCUUUUUUUUCCCUUUUCUGUCAGCCAUCUUCUGAAAUGAACUUAUGAAUUUUAUUUUAUACACUUUGCUUUUUACUUCCUAAGAAAAUCAUUUGGCUGAUGCAGUUUACAACCCAAAUUAAACUGAAAAUUUGUUGUUAUAUUUUUCUUAUGGGAAUUGACGUUGAUAUAUCACAUCAUUCUUUUACCUUUUCAUUUGAUAAGUCAUGUCAUUCUUUGAUAGGACUGCCAAUAUAUCUGGUUCAACCACAAAAGAUUUUUUUGAGGAUGUUGCUGAAGGAUUAGAAAAACAGGACUGUGCCAAUAUAUCUGGUUCAACCGCAAAAGAUUUUUUUGAGGAUGUUGAUGAAGGAUUAGAAAAACAGGAUUUUAAUCCUUCUAAAGAGCAAUGGAGGAUAAAGGUUAGAGUAAUUCGACUUUGGAAGCAAAAAAAUUUUCGACAGUCAAAACUGGGUGAUAAUAUUGAAAUGCUCCUUUUGGAUGAACAGGGGGGAGGAUUCAAGCAACUCUUAGGGCUUCUUUGCGUUUUAAGGAUGCUUUUACUGAAGGAGGACAUCCCUAAUUAUGCAUUUUCUUUCGUUGAGUUUGAUAAGAUUUUAAACCAAACUCAAGAAAAUGCUUUUUUAGUUGUGGUAAUUGAGCGGAAAGAAGUGACAAAAAAUGGUUCUCCAUUGAAUAUGAUUUCAUUUGAACUUGAUGAUUUAAGUGGUAAUAAGCUUCGUUGCACUCUUUGGGAAAAUUUUGCUGUUGAGAUGUGUUCAGUUAUUGAUAAAAGCUGCAAUGAAGCUGUUAUUUUCGUCAUUCAAUUUGCAAAGAUGAAAUCAUGGAGAGGUGUGAUGGGGAUUUCCAACACCAUGUUCAAUACUAAGAUCUUUAUAAAUAACUAUGAUAUUCCUGAAGUUUUGGCAUUUAAGGAAAGGAUUCCUACUGGUGAAGGGGUUCACAUUGAAAAGUUGAGCACAGUAGGCUCUGGCACGUUAUCACUUGAUGAUGAAAUUUUGCAGAGGAAAACUAUUGUGGAAAUUAAGGAGUCUAGAGAAGUUAUGACUUGUUUGACUCUUGCUGAGAUUAUUUUGAUUGAAUCUACACAAAAUGUGACAAAGGAUGGUCAAAUCCUAGACUGAGGUUUGUGAUUUGAAAUUCAUAGAUUUUUUUUUCAUAAACAUAGAAAAAAUAUUAAAUUUUGAUUAAGUUAUGGUUUUAAUUAUUUGAUAUUAAUUUUAUUGUUUUUUUGUUAUAAAGGUAUUGCAUUCGA